AUGUAUCUCAGCUCGGUGCCAAAUGGACCCCUAGGCCUGCCAUCGCACUCAACAGCUGCAGCGGCGAUGGUGCAGGUCCUAAGGCAGGCAGAGAGCGACUGGGACUGGCUCGUGCGAGUGUUAAGGCACUUGUGGGAAGCUACAUUACAUGGGCUGCAGGUCAUGGAGUGGUGGGCGGAGCACCUCGCACCGUCGUUGUCAUGGACGAUGCAGCAUCUCGAAGACGCGUACGCAUUCGUCCAACAACAUCCUCACCCAUUCCACAUCCUCGCCUGGUCCAUCUUCUUCGGGCCCAUCAUCGUGCUCGUCCCCUGCCUCCUGCUACUCGAGCUUUUCAUCCUCUCCCUCUUCCACCUCUCCUCCAUCACGCACGGGCUCGCGCCAGGGUGCGUCGAAGACCGAUUCGAGGGGCUCAAGGAGCACUUCAUGGAUACAAGAGAGUCGCUAUUCGCCACGGUUGAGAGAUGGACUGCGGUGUUUAAUAAAUGGACGACGGAGUGUCCGCCGUUGCUUGUGUUUCGGGUCGUAGCGGCGCUGGUGGGGACGGGGAUCUUGGUAGGGAUUUGGUGUGAGUGGGAGUGA